GGUGACGUAACAGGUCGAUACUCGGACUCGAGAUGGUGCGACUACGAAAGUUUUGAGAUAAUCUCCUAUGUCAGUGUAUCAGACCGUAGUAGAGUCGAUCACGAAUCUAGUCCAGUCAAACAGCCCCUCGUAUUCUACAAUAUGAAACAACCGAACCCUGAGCGUACCCCGAUACUUCUCGGUCAAAUCGAUACCGAUAAUCAUAUUGCGACAACAGUCAGCCUAUUCGUGAUUCUGCUGGUGGUUCACCGCAUCGGCAUUUCUGUCUACCGCCUAUAUUUUCAUCCACUCCGCAAAUUUCCUGGACCCCGCUAUCUGGCGGCCACGGAACUCCCAUAUCUGUAUCGAAAUCAUCUAAAAGGUGACUGGGUCCGUGAUAUGGUGGGACUACACCGAAAGUACGGACCCGUUGUCCGCAUCGCACCGAAUCGUCUCGCUCUUGACGGCUCCAUCGGCUGGCCCCAGGUUUUUGCUCACCGUGGUGCUAACCAGGACGAGUAUGCUAAAGUCCGUGGAUUUCUGUUUCCGGGGGACCACGAAGCCAUAAUUGCGGCACCCCGCGACGUCCAUCGACGUCAACGUCGGCAACUAGCACAUGCUUUUAGCGAUGGAGCCCUAAUCGAGCACGAACCCCUUAUUUGCCAUUAUGUUAGUUUGCUGGUCCAGCAACUUGCUAAGCGGGCUGAGAACAAUGAGCUUAUAGAUAUAGUGAAGUGGUUGAACUUUACGACUUUUGAUAUAAUCGGGGACCUGACUUUUGGCGAGUCGUUCCAUAGUCUCGACAACAGCGAAUAUCAUCCUUGGGUUCUCACUAUCUUUGAGACCAUCAAGGGAAGCGCUAUGGGGCGCUUUUUCGCCGCGUAUCCAAUCGUACGGCCUCUUGUGGUGCUGUCAAUGGGAGCAGAUAGGAUCAAGAAACUCCAAGAACACCAGAUAUUUUCGAAGGAGAAGGCAAGGGCUCGUAUGGCAGCCGGCGCAGAACCAGGUCGUCGUGAUUUCAUGACGUACAUGCUCAGGGACACUCGCAGUGGUGAGAAGGGAUUGACAACUAACGAGAUUGAGAUGAAUUCGCCAAUUCUUAUCACAGCAGGGAGCGAGACCACAGCCACAGCUCUCUCAGGAUUCUUUUUCUACUUGGUCCAGACACCAUCAGCAUACGAUUAUUUGACGAAAGAGAUUCGUUCCGCAUUCAGAAAUGAGGAUGAGAUCAAUUUGCGCAGCACAUCAUCGCUCCAAUAUCUGCAGGGCUGCAUUGAAGAAACCCUCCGGUGUUAUCCACCGUCGGCCGAAACUCCACCGCGAGUCUCUCCAGGUGGUGAGAUUGAUGGGCGCUACGUUUCCUCUGGUACUAUCCUCUCUGUCUAUCAAUGGUCUACUUUUCGCAACCCUCAAAAUUUUAGGGAUCCGGACUCUUUUAGGCCUGAACGUUGGUUGCCAACAUCGCAUCCACUGCACGAUGUACGGUUCGACAAUGAUAAUCGAUCUGCCUUUAAACCUUUUAGCGCCGGCACCCGCGAUUGUAUUGGGAAGAAGCUAGCUUAUUCUGAAAUGCGCCUCAUCAUCUCUCGGAUUCUUUUUCGCUUCGAUUACGAAAUAGCGGAAAGUCAAGAUGACUGGCACACAUCUCAGUUAGUCUUCGUCAUCUGGGACAAAGGCCCUCUAAAAAUCAAGUUAAAACCUCGGACCAUGACUGAGUAGAGCCUGAGUAGAAACGGAUGGAAUUAACGCGGACGCGUUACCGCUUAGAGGUGCACCAAUGGAAGACGUCUUGCUGGCAAAGGAUGGGUCCUUCCACACAGGAAAACAAAACAGUUGCUCUAGGUUUUAUUGGCAUCACUGUAUUUCUCUUCUCUUCUUCUCGACGAGUUUCUUGAAGGUGUAAUUGAGUAACACUUUUUACAGCAUGGAAGGUUGCUAAAUGGUGAUUACACCAAGAGAAAAGGAAAGAAUAGAAAUGUCUGGAAUAGAAGAUGCGUCUGGCUCAGCUCCAUUUCAGUGUAAUCACUACUCCGCUGCAGUGUCAGAAUCGAGCCAGGAGAUGCCACCGAACAUCCAGCGUGAAAAUAAUAGCUAGAUUGGAAUCUUCGAGCAAGAUUACUUAUAAGAGAGACCAAGGGACUGAGUUUCAUGCUUCUCAUUCAACCAUUACGAU